AUGCCCUAUAUUAUCGAGUAUGCAAAGUCAAACCGCUCGAAAUGCAAAGGUCCCAAGACACUUUGUCACCGUGAAGACCGUACAAUUCGCCAAGGUGAAUUGCGAAUGGGUGUAGAAGUUGAAAGUGGCAAAUACACCGGAACAUCAUGGAAGCAUUGGACUUGCGUGACUCCAAAGGUCAUUGAAAACAUGAAGGCCAGUUUGAGUGAUCCUUCUGAGAUUGAAGGAUGGGACAGUCUUCGUGAAGAAGAUGUCGAGAAGAUUGAAAAGGCUUGGGAAGAUGGAGAGAUUCCUGAAGAAGAUAGACCCGCCAAGGAAGAAAAGAACGAGGCAGAAAAAGACGAUGAAGAAGAAGAUGAAAAGGUAGCAAAGAAGCCAACCAAGAAGGCAAAGGCAACCAAGGCAACCAAGGCAGCAAAUGAAGAAAAGGAAGAAAAGGAAGAGAAGCCAGCCAAGAAGGCAAAGGCAACAAAGGCAACAAAGGCAACAAAGGCAGAGAAGCCUACUGCACAGAAGCGAAAGGCAGAAAAGAAAGAGAAGCCUGCUGCACAGAAGCGAAAGACAAACUAGGUCUAGGUCUAGUAAAUAAAAUAGGUUCACUAGCUUAAAUAUUGGUACAAAAAGUAAUCAGAACAAUAAUGAAUAAUACAUAAUAAGACAUAAUAAAUAUGUAAAGAUUAAUAUAUAUAAAUAUAAAUAUAUAAUUAGUUUGUGUGCAUUGAUGACGUGCUGAUAUAUAAAGAUUAAUCAUCUUAUAUAAAGACAUGUGUUUUGGAUAUAGGAUUCUAAUCAGGAAUAACACACCUUUAUCAAAUAGUGUUGGAUUUGUAAAAGGUGGUCAUUUUGUUUGAUUUUUGUUGUUGUUUUUGAAAAGGGAAUAUUUUGCUUUCAUCUUUGAUUUGUCUUUUCAUAGACUUCACUCAUCAAAUCCCACUCAUUGUCCAAUAGCCUAGAGUGCUCCAUGCGAGCCAAUUUUUCUUCAUCCUCAAGUUCGUCUGCCAUAU